UUUGUGGGGAAGUACAGUAGUUUGCUGUCGUCCAGAUCAACAAGCCACUAUUUUUGAAGCAGUUUGAUAAACACUUGUUCCUCGGUUGAUGUCAGUCGCUAGCAGGACGUUUUUACGGGUGAUCAGCGAUAAGCCAGCACAAAACUAGCCUGCUACACAGCCCCGAACCGAUAAGGUUGGAUGACAUCGUCCGUUGAACUUUUAAGACAACUAACGUUAGCUCGUUUUUUUCUAUCAUUUCCACAAUCAGGCAAGACUGUGACAACUGAACAGCCAACGGUCUUUUUUCCCCGAUUGGUCGAAUCUGUUCACGAGCUAGCAAGAAGGUUUCAUCGUUAAUUUGGCAACUUGUCACGAGCGCUAACGUUAGCCAACUUGUUUUGUUUUUUGUUUUGUUUUUCAAACGGAGCAAUACUCAACCGUUUUCUCAACCAGCCGUUUUUUUCUUGAAGAACUUCAUAGAAAGCCGUUGUUUUUUUUAGCAAAGUAUUUGCUUAAUAAAGAGGCCAAAGCAACCGUAGCUGUUGAAGUGUUAGCCUCAGCUAACACCAGACCCUCGACGUUACCUGAACCAUUUUUUAACAUUAAGGAGGGGGCUAGUUUUGUGUAAACUGAUUGGUGCUGUAUUUAGGACAUUCGUUUUUUAAAUAACCCGUUUGAUACACUGCAGGAGUUACCCUUUAACGUUCGCUCUCACCUUUAAAAAAAACAACUGCCAGAACAGCAAGCCAGCUUUAGAAGCAGACCAGUGGUUUAUGACCUAAAGGUUGUGUACAACCACAGAAUAUCCCUCAUCGGAUUGUUAUAUUAUCAGUUUUAUUGUUGAAAAUGGCGGCGAUCGGAAUGGUGCAGAUGUUGAUCGAAGCAGCCGAGUACCUUGAGCGCAGGGAACGAGAAGCCGAACACGGCUAUGCCUCCAUGCCACCCUUCAUCAGCAGCCAAGAGAGGGAAAGCUUGAAAAGGAAAAGCAAAAGCAAGAAAAACACAAGUAGCAGGUCUACGCACAAUGAAAUGGAAAAGAACAGACGGGCACAUCUAAGGCUGUGUUUAGAGCGCUUGAAAUCCCUCGUUCCAUUAGGACCAGAUGCUAACCGGCACACCACCCUCAGCCUGCUGAUGAAGGCCAGAGAUCAUAUCAAGAGGUUGGAGGAGAGCGAUAGGAGAGCUCAGCAUACGGUGGAGCAGCUACAGCGGGAGCGGAGACACCUGAGGAGGCGUCUGGAGCAGCUUGGGGUGGAGCGGACCCGCAUUGACAGUACCGGCUCCGACAAGUCCGACAAGUUCGACUCUGACCAAGAGGACCUGGAUGUGGACGUGGAGGGCACGGACUACCUGCUGGGUGACCUGGAGUGGAGCACCAGCAGUGUGAGCGACUCGGGGGACGAGCGAGGCAGCCUGCGCAGCAGCUGCAGCGACGAGGGCUACUCCAGCGCCAGCCUGCUGCUGCUGCAGGACACUCAGGAGAGGGCCAAGCAGUUAGGCUGCAGCCUAUAGACGGCACUGGUCACUGACCCAACUCCAGCUUCUUCUUCCCCUCAGCCAAUCCCAUCCCUUAGAUUGCCUCACCACUCCCUGAUCUCGCUCAGACCUCACCAUCCCCCCCCCCUCUCUCUCCAUACAUACCAGGACUGACCAAGUCUGAUGCCUCUCGUCCAGCCGGGCCUCUUCGGACUUUCUAUUCCCACAACGACUUCCAUCCAGACUUCAAUACACCCGCCCACAUUCAGCGGUCAGUCUUUAGGGUGUCCUCUGCUCUGCACCAAUCAAACGAGUGGGAUUUUAAAGACACUCCGCCCUCUCCGCCCAUUCAUCAAAAACACAACUUUCAGCCAGAGAAUGUUACCACACAAUAUCCCACUGCCUCUUUUUCUAUGCCUCAAGAGCCAUGGGAAGCGCUUAUGAGAUUUCACCCCAACUUCACACAUAUGUUUUUUUCUGCCCCGCUCAGCAGUCAACCGUGUGCAUGGUAUUUUGCACUUACAAUUGCUUUUGUAAACAAAAGCAUUAUUUUUAUUUUAUUUUUUUUAUUUAUUUAUUUUAUUUUUUUUCAAAUGCUGUCUCUAAAGCUGUCUCUAACCCCCCCACUACAGAUGUUGCAGUGAUGUUACAAGAUGAAGUAAGUGUUUGAAAAACAUGCCCGUCGUCUACUGAUCUGUAGGGACACUAAAGUAUAACGGCGUGUUGUGUUAAACUGUUUUAGGCCGACCGCAACCCCCCCCCCCCCCCCCUUAGCCCCCCUUGGCAUUGGCAGGCUCGUAACUACCCUGUCAUUUUCUGUCCACACCUGCCAUUCAGAGGUAAAAACAUGUGUGCAGCAUGAGAGUGUGAAGGGGCCGGGGGGAUACGGGACGGUUUUAGGGGUGGGUUUGAUGUUUUUCUGCCUCUCUCUGAUGACUGUGGCGUUUUUACAGCAUCCCUUUUUAUCAUAAAUGUGUGUUUGUCACGUCUGAGCCUGGCGACGACAAAAAGGUCACUAGCAGGUUUGGAAAACUUUUUAACUGCUGGUAUAUCUUGGCAGGUGCUGGGACAUUUGUGUGCACUACUUCAUCACUGCCCCGUUCACCAGGUAUUAAUGAGAAGGGAGGAGCCUAUCUACUGAGAGCAGUCGAGAGACUGGAGCACAUUCCAUUAUGAAGAGAGGGCGGGCAGGUAGCAUCGAGAGCAUUACUUUUUACAAGAUGUUCCUGCCAAUUAUUCAUGAAGGUUCGAGACGAGCCGAGGCUUUGACUUUUCAGUGGGAACACGCGCUGUGUUCACACACACACACGAAAAGCACUAAAACGUUAAACACCGCAGAUGUUUCCCUCCUUUGCCUUGCCUACAUAGCUAUUUAUUGUUUCUGCAAAAAAUGUUGUUGUAAAUAGUUUACAGAAAGAUCUCUAUGUCUAUCAACAAAUGUAUUUAUUAGAUAUACUAAAUAUAUAGAUGAAUAUAUAGAACUAUAUUUAAUUAGUCAUUGCUUCUGGUCUUCUUGUGAGGGUUAUUGAGAGUUUCUAAUGUGUAGUUUGUUUGCACAGCCUUGUCAACCCAUAGAGUAUUUAGAAAUGUCUCUUGUGCCUCGAGGCUUUUGUGUGUCGAAAAAUGAAAUGUUUUCUCUGUGGUUGAUCAUAAUUUUUUAGCUGUUUUCAAAGCCAUCUUGCCCCUUUAAUGUGGGAAUAAAAGGACAAAAAAAAUCGGAAUAAUUUAUGAUAAGAAAAAAUGUAAUUUUAAAAAGUAUAAAAAUGAGAGGAGCCGGUGGCCAGGGUUGAGCGGCGGUGAUGAUUCCUCUGGCUAAGCUGUGUUGCCUGUUCGCACAUCCCCGUGCCUACGAACCUCAAACAAAAUAGCUGCUCCGCCUCGUAAGAAUUCAGCGCUUUUGUUUGGUUCCAUAAUCAUCACGGGCAGGGAAAGGACUGCAGCUUAUCGAAUGUAGACGUCCUCGACCCUGCAAGUGUAGCAGCAGCAGCACAGUGCCAAUGGAACGCCCCUGCUCCUGCUUUCCACCGCUCGCAAAUCUCAGUUAAAAGCAUGAAGAUGAGUCGCAAAAAAUAGAUCUAGGAAUGUUUAGUGUUUGAUUGUGGAAUGCUGCUUUUUUUUUUUUUUUUUUUUUUAUUUCUUUUUUUGUCAAAUUUAAACUUUUUGUAAAAACGGAGAGGUGCUGUGUAGCCACGUUAUAAGAGAGACGGACUAAAGGGGACAUGUAAUGAAAAUAUGGUGUGAGUGGGCAGGUGUGUGUGUGUGUGUGUGUGUGUGUGUGUGUGUGUGUGUGUGUUUCGUCACUGUCUUCAGAGAGACAUUUUGGGGUGGUUGAGGGUGGGUGGAAGACUGUAAGGCUACAUUUCUGUUCUGGUUCAUUUGUUUACUAGUUAAAUGCAACAAAAAAAGUCCACUUUACAAAGACUUCAUUUAUUAAGCUAAGCAUUAAUGUCUGUCUAUGGGAGUCUACUGUUUUCUCCCAUGUUCCAUCCAUGGCCUGUUGUGAGUGUGUGUGUGAGUGUGUGUGAGUGAGUGAGAGAGAGAGAGAGAGAGUGACUCCCUCAUGUUGCGUUGGCAUCCAAGGUGCGGGCGAGGCAGGUAUGCGCGGUGGGGCAGUGUGUGCGUCAACGAUCGCAUGCAGACUGUUGCUCUUCACCUCCACCCUUUCUCCCCUCUAAAAACGACCGGGUGCUCUCAGCAUUUGCCUUUUUAAGAAGCAGGUGUGGAAUCUCUCAAAGAACAAGACUACAGUCAGACCAGUUGUUUAAGCUACAGGUUUCAGCUUCAGGGGGAACAUGUGUUCAUGUGUAUAUUUGAUUUUUGUCCCUGCAUACAAAGUGGCUGAUAAUGCCUUAAAAACGGACACGACCUAACGGAAGUAUAUGAUAUGUCUGAGAAUAUAUGAUAUAUCGACAUGUAUCACGAGGGCCAUUCCUUUUCAUUGUGACCGUCACAGGCGUGGUGCUUUCAUGCGUUACACAACACACACACACACACACACACAUACAGCAACACACCGCGUCAUAGCUCCAUGAACAUCGUCGUUGCCUUUCUCCUCAGAGAGGUCAAAUGUGUGUUUAUAGAACAAUAACUUAAAGGGGGGAGUUUUGUGCACUUACUUUUUAAGAAUUGGAUAAUUUGGACACUGUCGUCUAAAGAAAUCACUUUAAAUGUUGAGAGAAAAAAAAAAAAACUUUGAAAAUGAGUCGUGGAGCAGCAAUUUGUAUUUGCCAUUGAUAGUAAAGGAAUAAAACAUUUGAAACCCUUGUUUACCUACCUA